CCCAGUCUGCAGCAUUUCUCUCUGUUUUCCAGUCUGCUGGGGAUGGGCGACAGGUGGCUUCGCCCCUUGCCUCCCCCUGGUGAAAUAGGCUGAAUUCCAGCCAGUUUGCAGUUUGCCUGAGGGUCGAUGCGGUGGAGACAUGGGCGCUUAUUUUUUGUAGGGAGUAAGUUCCAUUUUGGUCUCUGAUCCAGUUGUGUUUGGUGAGCCGGCUUGGAGCCUGGGGUCACAGUGGCCCUCCUCUGGAAUAGGGCACAGGACUGGGGUUCAGGCCAUUUCUCCAUGGGCCCUGUAGAGUGUGGGCAUAAAUAAUUGAUGGCCUUGAUGAUCUGGGGUGGGGGGAAUGUCUGGAAUAAGAAGAGAACAGCCUGGCCUUCUUUGGGACCCCAGAGCCUCCCCAUAUGGAGUUCCAGGGUCGCUGCCUUUCCUGAGGUUUUUGACCUGAUGCGGUCUCCAUUUCAGUGUGUGGGGAGAGCAGUGACCUGUCUUUGUCAGUUUGUAAGUUUCUGGCUGGUAUUCCCCAUGAAUGGUGGACUGUCACCCUGCUUCUGGGGGCCUCGGUUUCUGGAAAGGGAAGCUGAGGUACAGGAGGGCAGACCGUCUGAGGUCUGUAGGGUCAGGGUGCCUUGUAGCCCAGCACGUGGCCCUAGGGUCUCUUGAGGCCCUGAAGACAGGACCCUGUUGCCUUCCUCUGGGGUCCUCCCUGGGGAGCCCCUCUCUGCCUGCUCCCCCGGAAGCACAGAGGCCCGGAGCUGCCCGAGGCCACUGCCGUGGCAGGCAGGCAGGAGUGGCUCUGGGAAGGCCUUGCUCACCUGCUCCUCCCCUCUGACUCAAGUCCUAACAAGAAACCUGCUUCCCUGGGAGGGACGGUGGGCGGGCAGGCGGGACCAGAGGGAGGGACGGACCGACCGACCGACGGCCACCAGAGUGUGGAGAGCUGGAGAGCCGGCCACCAGCGUGUAGAGAGCACAGGGAGGCUGGCCCACUGCCUGGGGGCCCCUGAGGCGACAUGCAGCGCCCCUCAGCCCCCUGACCUGGGAACACGGGCUGUUUCCGGGACUCCUGGACCGAAACCCAGAAGCAGCUGGGGAAACUCCAGGCCACCUACACGUCCUGGCUCAGGCUGGGAGCAGCGUCACCCCUCCCUGCUGUGCGCCCCCUCCUCCCAGGAAUCCACUAUGGAGACUAAGGAUGAGAUCAGCGACACCGACAGUGGCAUCAUCCUGCAGUCUGGCCCCGACAGCCCGGUGUCCCCGAUGAAGGAGCUGACCCACGCGGUGCGCAAGCAGCAGCGGGCCCUGGAGGAGCGGCUGGAGGCCUGCCUGGAGGAGCUGAGGAGGCUCUGCCUGAGGGAGGCGGAGCUGACGGGCACCCUGCCAGUAGAGUACCCCCUCAAACCAGGGGAGAAGGCUCCCAGGGUCCGCCGCAGGAUCGGAGCAGCCUACAAACUGGACGAGCGGGCCCUGCACAGAGAGGACCCCCUGAGCAGCCUGGAGAGGGAGCUGGCCCUGCAGCUGCAGAUCGCCGAGGCGGCCCGACGGCUGUGCCGGGAGGAGAACCUCGGCAGGCAGGCCCGUCGGCAGCGCAAGCUGGCGCUGCUGCACGAGGAGAAGAAGCUGCGGGAGCUGGAGCGCUGUCUGGGCGAGCGGCGGCGCCACAGCGGGCCCCCGCCCGCCACCACGCUGCCCCUGGGCCGAGAGCUCAGUGCCUCCGAUGACAGCUCCCUGUCGGAAGGGCUGCUCCUGGAGGAAGAGGAAUCCCAAGCACCAAAACCUCCCCCAGAGUCCCCGGCUCUGCCUUCCCGGCCUCUCCCACCCCAGAGCCUCGAGGGGCUGCAGCCAGCAGGACCUGAGACUGGGGGCCUGGAGCGGGCCCCGAUCCAGAACAGCCCGUGGAAGGAGACCAGCCUGGACCACCCCUACGAGAAGCACAGGAAAUCUUCUGAAUCCAAUAGCGAGUCCAGCAGCCCAGCCACCACCCCACAGGACGGGCCCGGUGCCUCCAGCCUAUGGCUGCUGGAGCCCGCCACCUACCACAUGGUCCCCCUCCGCAGCAUUCCCAGCCAGCGGCAGGGCCGCACCAGUGCCCCAGCCACCCCCGAGAUGCAGGGGAGGAGGGGCCAUUCACAGUCUCUGAGGAUGGAGUCCUUCCGGGCAGGUCCCGAGGGCCGGGGUCGCAGCGCCUUCCCCCGCCGCCGUCCCACGCACUACACGGUGACUGUGCCGGACUCCUGCUUCCCCCGGACCAAGCCCCCGCUGCCCCAGCCCGCCUGCCACUCCUGCUCAGAAGACAGCGGCUCAGACGUGUCCAGCAUCUCGCACCCCACCUCGCCGGGCAGCAGCAGCCCCGACAUCUCCUUCCUGCGGCCGCUCUCCCCACCCGAGCCGCCUCGCCUGCGCGUGGCCUGGGGCCCGGGGGCCGGCAGGGAGCUGGCCACCCCCUCGCCCAGGCUGCUGCUGCCCCCCGGCUGUGUCCCGGCCGCGCGCUACGUGCUGGUGGCCCAGAGCCACCUGCCACCGGGCGAGUGGCAGCUGUGCGGUGCGGUGCGGGGCCCUGGCGAUGACCAGUGGCUGGUGCCCCCCCGCAGCCGCCUGGUGCGGACGCCCUCGCUCAAGGACAGCCCGGCCGGCCGGGGGAUCAGCAGGGCGGCGGUGACCGAGGAGCUGCGGUGGUGGCACGAGCGCGCACGUCUCCGCAGCGCGCGCCCGCACUCGCUGGACCGCCAGGGGGCCUUCCGCAUGCGCAGCCUGCCGCCCGGGAGAGAGGGCCUGGGGCGCGCCCCGGGUCCCCGGCCACAGGUGCCCACGGGCUGUGUGCUCCGGAGACCGCCUGAGGGGGGCCCCGUGCAAGUCUUCGUGCCUGAGAACGGAGAGAUCGUCAGCCAGGUGUAGACAUGGCUGGGUGGACCUGUGCUCCAGACGCCCAGCUGCCGGGAGGACUAUUCCAUACAGGGCUGGGCCAAGAGCUCCCCCAGGAGUGCCUUCUUCAGCUCCCUCGUCCCCAUCGCAGGUCGAUGACCUUGAGCUGAGACUUUCUUUUUUUUUUUUUUUUUUACCGGUUUUUGUCCAGAAACCCUGGCUUGAGGACUUAUGUUUGCGAUUUGCCUUCAAGAUCCCUGUAAUAUGAUGAUGCUGUAUCCCCCAGAGACUGGCCCACUGGACUGGAGGCCUUGUCUGUCUGGCUGACUGCAUUUGUCUCCUUACUUGAGACAGGAGGCAGGGCAUGCCCGAAGCAGAGAGGGCCACCUGGGGAUUCCUCAAGUGCUCCACCCCCUGGUUCUCAGGACUCCCCUGGGGAGCAGCCCCUGGCCCCCCUGCCCCCUGCAGCUGGAGGCCGCAUCUCACGCCUCCGUUUCCCAGCUCUCUGGGUACCACAGGGGCGCUGGGCUGGGGGACAAUCUCCUCUCCCCUUUAUAAUGUGCUCUGUGAUGCACACACCAAUCGCCAGGUCGAAGGGCCGUAUGUCCUGGGGGAACAUUGUCUUCCUGGACCCUGCUGUUUUCCUGACCCCGUGAAUCCCAGCUAGGGGCCCAGUUACUCCACGUUCCCUGUGCCCCGUGGGCUCCGAGCAUCUACUCAGACCUCUGAGCCUUGAGUUCAAGGCUCCACGGACAGUAGCCUCAGGGGGCCUGGCUGGGGGCUGGCCUGUAGUGUUGGUGGGUGGGGAACAGCCCACCCUUUGACCACCUUCUCUGGGCAUCGUGAGGGCUUGCAGUCCGCCACUCCCUCUAAUGGCUUUGCAUUGUAGUUCUAAAACCCAAAACUUUACAAAUAUUUGGAAAAGCACCCAGCUGGGCUUCUGCUCUGAGACUGGGUUUCCUUGAAAGAGGGCAAGUCCUUAUGUUCACACACAUGGGAAUACUCCCCUUAAGGACGUUUCUUAAUUGUCCCAGCUGCUGAGCCUUGCACAGGCCUGGAAGCUGCCUGUGCUAAGACGGUCGGGUGGUCCCUGGUGCUCGUCCGUCCGAGGGCCUUCUCUGCGGCUGGGUCAGAUAUGCAGGCAGGGCUCCUGCUUCCAGGGGAAACCACUCAGUUGGGGUGAGGAGGGUUAGAGCGAGCUGAGUUCUGAUUUUGCCCGUGGAAAACCCCCUCCCCUCUGUUCUGAGCUCCCUGCACUUGGACACCAACUAUGACUACAGUUUAAGGCUCCAAGAAUGUUGAGGCCUGACCCAAAAGAGGUACGGUUCUCCCAACUGGAUGGAAAGCUGUGUAACCCACUGCCCCAGGUGCCGAGAGAAGGACAGGUCGGAGAAUCUGGGGGAAGAGAGGGAGCCUGAGUGCAUGCAUCUGCUCAGACCACAUCCUGCAGUUCCGCCACUUUUGGGGUCGACCCUGUCCCCAUUAUGUUCCAAUGUCCUACUUGAAUGCUAUUCCCUUCCAGUCUGUCUCCGAGCCCCUUCCCCCGUGUGCAGCCAUCACCCCUCCCCGUGUCCCCCUGGGAGCCCAGAACUCCUUGGACUGAGCCGGGAGACAUUGGAGCACCCCCUACACACCUGAGCGUCCUCUGUGUUAACUUAUUGGCCCUAAUCGAUGCCUGGUGCAGUUGCAAAGUGGCUGCGUGCUCGGCUGUGGGGCUGGAAUUGUGUGGGUUUAGUGCCAAAUCCUACAAUAAAGUCUGCUCUUGGCGAGUGGCCGAGUUGAUGAUGAA